AUGGACUACAUUCUUCACGAGCUCUCAAGGCUCGACCCCGCGGUACCGUUCCGCUGCUCGACCGAUCACCUACAUCACACAUGGGCCAAGACUUUCUUUUCGCGCCCCGAGUUGUACAUUCGUCCACAGACCAUCCCGGAGAUCCAGAAGCUGGUCACUCUAGCUCGCCGAUGUCGUCGCCGUCUCGUGACCGUCGGUAGCGGCCACUCGCCUUCCGAUUUGACUUGCACCUCGUCCUGGCUCGUCAACCUCGAUGAGUUCAAUCGCGUCCUGCACGUCGAUACCUCAACCAACACGGUCACCGUCGAAGCGGGUAUCCGAUUGCACGAACUGGGCAUACAACUGGAGAAGCAUGGCCUGUCACUCGACAAUCUGGGCAGCAUCGAUAGCCAAUCCAUUGCGGGCGUUAUCGCUACCGGCACCCACGGCAGCUCCCUGCGCCAUGGUCUUCUGUCGGAGUGCAUCGAAUCACUCGGCCUAGUGCUCGCCAAUGGCCAACUUGUCCGCUGCAGCCCGACAAACAACCCGGACUUGUUCCGCGCGGGACUGGUGUCGCUCGGAGCGCUCGGAAUUGUCGUCGAAGUCACCUUCAAAGCGACGCCGACCUUCAAUAUUGCCUGGCGCCAGGAGCGGUAUUCCCUGACUCGCGUGCUGAGCGAAUGGUCGACGGGACUGUGGACCUCGCAUGAGUUCGUGCGCGUCUGGUGGUUGCCUUAUGAGAAGGGCGCUAUUGUUUGGCGUGCUGAUAAGACCGAUCUCCCGCUGCGCGCUCCCCCGAGGAACUUCUACGGCGACUCACUUGGCUACCAUAUCUACCAUAAUCUGCUUGCGUUGUCGUCGUAUGUCCCGCGUAUCUUGCCCUGGGUGGAAUGGUUCGUCUUUGGUAUGCAGUACGGCUUCCGGGCUGGGUCGACCGUCACCGAGGCUGUUGAGCCUGGGCGCACAGGUCUCUUGAUGAAUUGCUUGUACUCGCAGUUUGUUAAUGAAUGGGCGCUCCCGCUGGAGAAGGGCCCUGAGGCUAUCGGUCGGCUUUCAGCAUGGCUACACGGCGACAUGGAGACCGCACGCAUCCCCUUCUCCUCUAAGGGACUGUACGUGCACUGUCCAGUCGAGGUGCGAGUCUCUGAUACCUCGCUGAACACCAAACCCCGCCCAUUCCUGGACCCGACAUGCCCUGAUGGCCCGACACUCUACCUCAAUGCAACACUUUACCGUCCCUACCUCCGCGACCCACCGUGCAGAGAACGAUACUACGAAGCAUUCGAAUGGCUGAUGCGACAGAUGGGCGCAAAACCACACUGGGCGAAGAACUUCAACACAUUAGACUCUUCCGAGCUGGGCAAAGCGUACGGCGAAGAAAUGGACUCGUGGAUGAAAGUGCGGGCAGAGGUCGACGCUGACGGGAUGUUCGUGGGCGAAUGGCAUCGGCGCCAUCUGCCCCUGGAAAGCGAGCAGGGCAACGGCGCACCUGACGAGCGGCUGCCUCUCCUCGAGCGCGAGCAAGAGCGCCGCAGGCUGAACCUGGGUGGGGUCGGUGACGGGGUCGAAUGGGUAGGAGAUCGCCGGUGGCAGGGUCAGGCUGAGUCGCGAAAGUCCCCUGCGCUGGAGCUGGAGAAAAGCAUGUACCCAUUAUCGUCAGACCACGCGGCGCCUAGUCCCACCGGCACGGUGACCAGCGAGGAGAGCUUUGAUUUGCUUGCCCGGGGUGAAGCGAGCAUUUUGCUCCCCGAUGGGACUCCGGAGGCGUGA